GCAUACAUUCCAAGGCGAACUUACCACAGGGGACGGCCCAGAGCAGCUUCCCAUUUGCUCCACUUAUUAUGAAAGUAACCAUAACCCGGUCAUCGAUCGCCAUCAUCAAUCGACAGGACGACAAAGCUAGUGAUAGUCGAGUCUUGUUGAUGAUCACUGUAGCGCCCGUGCACCGCCCUUUGGCUUGUGCUGAUUAACAACCCUGAAGCUGGGAAACUAACUCCCGAACGAUCAGCAGCAUGGGUCCUUUCCAAGCCAAAUUUGAUCCUACCUGGUGUUUCGAAGGAGGCUAAUAACUGCUGAUGGUUCAGGAUGUGGGCGAGUGCAAGUGUAAACUGUAUGCGUAAAGCUGAUGGUGAGGGUGCGGGCGCAGGUUGGCAAUCUAUUCUGGCCCACUACACUGGAAUGCACAUAUAUAUACCACCUGCCCCUCCCAGUUCUUUUCCGUUUCCCCCUUUCUUCCAUUUCGUAACUCAACCAUUCCAAAUUAGCGUCUUCGAGAUUGCCUUUUAUUCUUCCACUGAGUGCAGGUCACAUCAGUGAGACAAACGUUGAACGUUUCUUCCAGCUAUCCCUUAUAACUAUUAUGUCUCGUUCCUCCUCUCCUGACAUUGAAAAAGGCGUCCCUCCUCCGCCCCGUCGCUCAAGAGGAAAGUGCUGCUGUAUCCUCUUUUGCGUUUUAUUGCUCCUUGCCGCUUUAGCAGUAGGUGGCUUUGCCCUCUAUGAGUAUGUGAUCAAACCUCGCAUAAUCGAUACACACCUUUUAUCCGAUAUCGACGGCAAUGGAUCAACUACAGCAUCGGCACCAACUCUGUUACAGACGACGGUAAUACCUACUGCGACCAGUCCGUCAUUCAACGGGGCUGUUGGAGGAUAUACUCCGGCCAUUGGGGUUUGGAGUAAGGCCGAUAAGGAUGAUUUAGAUGGUGAAGGGGACGGUAGCGGGACUGUGGAUCAAGAUGUUUCAAACGAUGGCCAGUCUAAUAAUUCUGCUGGCAUUGAUGACGCUAUUAUGGCCAUUGAUCACACGACUUCCGCCUCUGCUUCUGACCCAUCUUCCGCCACGAAAGAUUCCGUCACGAAAGACUGGGAUGGGUACGAUUCUGGGCAAUGGAACAAUGAUAAAUGGGGAUGGCAGAAUUAUGGACCUUGAGCUCGUAGUCUGAGACUGUUGGAGCAAGUGUUUGUCAACACUGUUGGAUUCUUCACAUUACUAUCUAGAUCAACUUUUUUACUUUUUACUUUGAUAUAGUAUACGGCAUGCACGCUGCAGUAAUAAUCCGA